AGCAUGGCAAUCUAAUGCAUAACAUCUCCUUGACUUAAGUCUUCUCCUUUGACUAAGGCAUUCUUCAUAUUUUUAACUUUCCAUUUUCAAAUCUUUACUUUAGUCUUCUCCAAUGGCAUCAAGUUCUAUGACGUCUUCACGUAGCUCCGGGUCCACAUGGACACAGAGGCAAAACAAGCAGUUUGAAGAGGCUUUAGCUUACUACAACAAGGACAGUCCCGACAGGUGGCACAACAUUGCUAGGGCUGUUGGUGGAAAGUCAGUUGAGGAGGUGAAGAGGCAUUAUGAAAUCCUUGUGAGGGACAUCAUGCAGAUUGAAUCAGAUCAAGUUCCUUUACCUAACUAUCGCAGUAUUGGAAGCAACGGGCGUGGAUUCGCAAACGAACAAAGGCUUUUGAAGAAUCUAAAGCUAUGAAGCUAUGGACAACUAUUACAACAAUAACAAGGUUCAAGGAGGAGGAGCAAAUAGGGUUAAGAGGAAGAAUGAGGUGGAUUAUAUGUGUUUGUGUGCAUUAUUAUCAUUAUGUUUCUUGAUUUGGUGAUGUUAUCAUUGCAGUAUAACUCAAAAAUGGAGUUUGAAUUUGCAGAAAAUUAGUGACAAGUAUUAUGUUGUAAUAUUUUCUUAAUUGUGAUGUGAUAUCAAUUUAAAGAUUGUAUAACGUUGUGUGGC